UCUCUCAGUAUCGUGUACGGUGUCACGGCAGUAGGACGGUCUCCAAUCGUGGUGGUGAUUCUUCGGGUAAAGGGCAACGACUCGUCAGGUGAAAAUAAAUGUCUCCUUAUGCACAUCGCGCGGAGCCGCGGUGAACAGUUGCGGCCCGUAGUCUCCGCGACGGGUUCACCACGGGGAAAUUCCUGACGCCGCGCGCGCGGGGAAACGCGAGUAACGGCCGCGGCUCGAGACGGGAGACGCGCGACAAGCGACGCGCACCGACCGCCAACUUGGAAAUGCAUCGGACAAGAAGAGUUUAAAGAAGAAAGGAGCAAUGGAGGACGAGCCACGGGAUACCUGUUUCGGGGCAGGAAGCGUGGCAGGGGCUGUGAUCGGUACAUUUCUCACGACGAUACUGCUGCUGGUCGUCGCCGCGCUUCUUUACAGACAGUGGCGCAGGCACAAAGGGAAACAUCUGGUACUCGUAACGGACCCAGAGAUCGUUGAAGAAGCCUAUGCCUUCGACAAUCCGUGUUUCAAGGAUGUCACCGUGUCGACGGCUAAUCGAACUCGAGAAGGCGUGGUAUCUAUGGCAUCCGGCGGCGACACUCCAGGUAAAGAUUCUGUACGAUGGUCUACAUCUUGGACGUCCUUGGGUCUAGGAUCAACUAAUCGCAACGAUAAGCGAAAACCUCUCGACGAUUCUUAUGUCGGCCCUAAAGCCACCAAGGUCAGUGUAGUCAGCUUGAAGAGCCGGGACUUCACAGGACUUGGAUUUAAUAUUUGCGGCAACAUGAGGGAGGGUAUUUUUGUUAAAGACCUCCUACACCGUGGGCCUGCAUCAGAAUCUGGUCGAAUACACCCUGGGGAUCGCAUCGUCAGUGUAAAAAUUAGUUUCCGAAGCAUGGUGUACGAGGACGCCCUAACGAUCCUAAGUUACGCCUCGCCGUACGACGUGAAACUCGAAGUCGAAAGCGGUGGCACUGGAUCGAAGCCGACCACGUUGCUGAAGAAAACCGUCGGCCCUAGUGGAGCCAGGAUCUGCCAUCCUUUGUACAGAAGCCAAUCGAUUCCGGAGCUCUCGCAGUCGAAAUGCGUCGCGAAAAGGCUGUUCAUCGUCGAUCCGAACGAGUCGGUGAACUCGAGUUACUCGACGAUGAACUCGACGUUGAAGUCGACGAAAUCGACGCCGAUCAACCAGUACGAAAAACGUCAGGACGAGGCGAAGAGCAAUCACCAAAAAUUCGGCAUCAAAGUUCUGCCGGCGCUGGACGGCACGGUCCACCGUAUCGAGAAUCAGAACGAGCACAACACGAAUCUCGAGAGAAGGAACUCGAAGAAGCUGGACACGGAGAAGCACCUGUCGAACACGGGCAAAGGUUUUCACGUUGGCGACAAGAAGGAGGAAGCUCAGCGUCAACAGAACGCCCAGGCGUUAAGUACACCGAAGGCGAGGACCGAGGUCUCCGAGAACCACGGCGCGGACAUGUCGUCGAAGGAUGAGAGGGACGGAGACACGACGAUUCACAUUCCCUCGGAAGUGCCCGCGGAAGUGCAUAACGCAGCCAUAGCCGCUCGCAGAAACCGGAAAAAUAGCUCGGAGCUAUUGAGUCCGCAGAAGAACGUUGAGACCGUUGAAACGGACGACCAGAAGAAUGUACAGAAGAACAAAAGAAAAGCGCCGCAGCCGCCGAAGGGCAACAGCCACGAAACUGAGCAAGCGUCUCCCGCGAAGAAGGACGCCGCGACAAAGGGGCACGAAUCGAGGAAAGAGGACGAGAUCAACAGUAUCACCGAUUACGCGGAGUCCCUGACCGAUUACGUGAAAAAAGUGCGCGACGACACGGAGAAGCCGAAUUCGCGAGGGGACCAGAAGAUGGAAGGUCUAAUGAUCGACGCCAGACAUUCGGAGUCCGACACCGACAGCGAAAUACAAAACAACUUCACGACCAUCGAGCUGAACUCGGCCGACAUCACCAUCCACCGGACACCGAUACCGGAGACGAACGACGACGACGACGAGGAUGACGUUUACAGGAAAGCUGCGAGCUUGGGCGACCUGUCGAAGUACGAGUGCAGAACGUCGGCGACCUUGGAGAGGGCUCAGAGCUUGGACAUGACGGACACCGGCACGAAGAAACGCAAGGCGCCACUUCCGCCGGAGGAUAUUAACGAGUCCACCGAGGACUUGACCAAGCUCGAUCAGAUGGACACAUUCGACAGGCGACUGCUGAAGAAGUCGAGCGAGUGGGGCAACCUGGAAGACGUGGUGUGGCGCAAGAAACACGAUCACGACGACAGGCCGAAAAAACUGAGGACCAUGAAGACUGGCAGCGAUUCUUUGGAACGGUCAAAGUCCGCUAUAGAGAUCAAGCUGAAGGACGACAGCGUUGCGCUGAAGGAAGAAGCUGCAGGAGACGAUGAAACCAGCAUCGAGCUGUUCAAUCUACCUCUAAGCAAGAGACUCACGGAAGAAUUUAUUCACGCGGAGCGAAUGUUCAAUCCUGACGAGGAUAACUCGUUGGCUAGAAUCGUCAAUGACGGCACCGUCGUCAAAAGUCCGACUCCGGACGAGAUGGAGCGGAAGUUCAUAGAAGGAACAUCGUUGCCCGACGAUUUCACCGAAGACGCUGCGGCUAUGGAGGAUUCCUCGGACGAAGAGGAAAAACCGGUGAACAAGGACUUCGCUAAAGCCUUGAAACACUUCGAAGCGUAUGCGGAGAAGUCGCCGAGCUUCUCGGAGUCCUCGAAGUUCGACCCGUUCCGCUUCAAGAGCUGGAAGGACGACGGUUCGCUAUCGGACGGCAACGAGCCGAUUUCUUACGCGGGGAAGAAGGAGGUCGAAGAGGAGCCGGCGACAAAGGUAACCGUGAAGAGAGGCUGUCACGUGUGCUCGGACAACUGCAACCGCCACGAAGCGUGCAAGAAGAGAGCGUUCUCCUCGAAACGGUCGUCCACGCCGAUACCCUUGCAAGAGUACUCGACGAACUCGGCCGAAGGCAAUGGCGCCGAUUCGAUGACGAUCCAGGACGAAGAGGUAUCGAACUCUAUACCGCAUCCGCACGGUGCGACGCUAAAGCACAGAGAGAACGUCAGCGAAACAUCGUCAAUCGACUUCACUUUGCCGACGAAACGCGUAAUCGAAGUCCCGACUAGUCAAAGGAUCGAGCGAGAGAACGACGAGGACGAGGAUGGUUACGAGUUCGGAUCCGGUGUGACCGUGAGCAGCAAGAACUUGUUCGACCGCGACUACCGACGCAACAUUAACAAUAUCAGUGUUUCCAGUGGUGAGAACAGUGAGGACAGCGGCCUGGUCGGUGAGUCGAUGGACUACAAUCCGCAGGACUUCGACAACCGGCCGUCCCUGCCGAACACGCCGAUGCCGCAGAAGAUGACGUACAUCACGGAGAUCAAGCUCUCGCCGAAUAGGGAGAAGCUCCAAGGCGACGUCGAGGAGAACAGUGACACGCUUUGUAUUAUGGGCGGGAAAGAGAGGAGACCGGGCCAGAACGAAAUCAAAACGACGUCGAACGGGAAGACCUCGAACAAGAAGCCCCCGGUUCCUCCUAGAAGAACGGACAUGGCCAAGACGAAUAAAAAGGGGAACGCCGAGAAGCAGGUGAUCUAUGUGUCCGAGUACAAGCCCAGCGAAUCGAAGACCGCCGACGACUCGGACUCGAAUCAGGAGCUGAAGCAGUCGGACUCUGCUGCGAAGAAGCUGGAGCAAUGGACGUUUUUAGAGGACAAAGAACAAAAUCGAUGAAGAUCAACCAGUGAGUCUAAGGAUCGGGAUUGUUGCUCGGUUGUUGAGAGACGUAACAGUUGUUCGACAAUAACAUUCUAAUGUACAAGUCUUUUUUAAUUUUGUCUUUAAUAUCGAGAUGACAUUGAACGCGUUUAUAAGCUGGAUGUUCAUGGCUUCAGCGCAGAUUGUUAUCGUCUUACCAUUGGAAAUGUUUGGCAGAUAGUACGAUCAGCAACAGGAAUUUAUAUAACGUGAACAUGAGGAACAAUUCUGGUAUAUACUGUACUCAGCCUUUAUCGCACGGCCGAAUCAGAUGUCGAUCGUUAUUAUUAUACGUACAUGUUACAUGUAUUGUGCUCAUCCUAAAUAGAUCUGCUCUUGAACUAGUCGAAAAAAAAUUUCUUUCUUUAUUUAGUAUCUUCUUCGCGAUUCCCCGAAAAGACUGGCUCUUGUUUAAAAAUGUGUGUUUUUUUUUGAUGUUUUGAUAAAAGCGUUUAUCGUUGUAAUUAAAUUGUAUUUAUUUCUCGACGUGUUUCUCUUGUUUCUUUUUUGUUUAAAAAAAAAAUAUCGUAAUUAGAGUUUGUAUUAUACGGAAAUUUUCAUGCUUGUAAGGUAGUGCAGUAUUAUGUGGCGUCACGUGUGCUGUUUAUCGCAUAUGUAUGCAGAGUUAACGUGUACCCUGCUCUUACAUGUAGAUUUGUAUUGUACCGCUUUUUAGACCCGAUGCUAGGAAUUCCAAUUAUGUAUAUUGGUACAAGGAUUAGUAAGUACACAUGUUAUCACUAGACCUCGGAUCUUCAUGCACUCAUGGCAUACACAGAUUUUUCAAAUGCAAGAAAACGUGCAAGUUAACAAGGUCCAAUAGCCUUUCGAUUUUCUUUUUGUAAUCGUUUUGAUGACGACGGAAGCAUUUCUUCAAUUCGAAUAUUUGUAAAUUAAAUCAAUUCGAGAUUUUGCGUAAAGAUCCGCAGUCUAAUCACCGUAUUACUUGAUUCGAUUUUUUCGACGAAAUUGUGUAUAAUCAAAUUCUUUGUAAUCUCCUCUGUAAAAUACUCUUUUUUUAUCGAGAAGUACUAAACGACUUCAUUACGAAACAAAUAAAGUGGUGACUAGACUGCGGAUUUUCUAUACUUCGGACAAAAAUUGGUAUACCAAAUGCAAAACAUUGAAAGAAUUUCAAAAUACUAUUAUAUUAUUUUCAACUCGAAGAAAUAAAUGUCUAUGUAGCUUCUGUAUUUUACAAAUAAUGCAGGCAAUGCUUAUUUUGCAUAGGAAUCCGCAGUCUAGCGAUGACUUAAAUCCCGUUCCUCAAUUUUCCUCGUCGAAAAUAACAUCGGGUCUCAAAAGUAAUUGCUUUGAGUUCUUUGCAACGUGUUAUUAACCUGUAUUUGUUUUUUGUUUAUAUGCUCGGAGUACCAGUUACACGUAAAUAUACAUAUAUAUAAAGGAGGUACGUGUUGCGGCAUAGGAUAUGUAAGAUAUGUCCCAAAAAUAUCAUAUAUUCGAUUAACGACGCGUUUAGGUAAGGAAAUAACGAUUGUUGACAGUUUUAUAUAUAGUGUAUGUGUUUUACAUGGUUGCAAUAUUAUUGUGUGCUAUUAUUUAGUCAUAGUCGGUCAAAUUUCAAACACGAGAAACUCUCGAAUUCAUUUACUUUAUUUUAUCUUGUUACUGAAAGAGUUAAAUUUUAUAAAGCCUUGAACUUCUUAAACGUGUAAUAGGACUUUUUAUUAACUAAGUUCUUUUUAUUUCUAUUAUGGUCGUGUUAAACAAUAAGUGGACAACGAUAAAACCGGCACAUAAUGUUGUGUAGAUAUAAAAUUGUGUAGUGAUUUUAUUGUGGUCGUAACUACAGGUUGACAUGAUCAUGGAAUUGUAACAUUUUCAAAACUAUUUGAUGACAAAAAUGAGCAAUAUCUUGUGAAAGGAUUAUUCUCGCACGUUCUCUACCAUACAUAUGUAUACGAAAUUAUUAUUUGCGAUGUAAAGAAAUCAAAACAGAAUGUUUACAAUCUGAAAGUUUGUUGAGGAUAGUGUGAUAGAAAACGUGUGAAUUUAUGGAAGUUAAGUAAUGAAGUUAAUCACGUGAGUCUGUAAUCCCAUGAAUUUCGAGUGGUUCAAGGACUUCUAGCGUGUAACAAUAUUUACAUAAUUCUAGAAUAUAGUUAUCAGGGUGCUUCUAAAUUAUGUAAUAAAAUUUAUACGGAUAUUUUACUAUGAAAGUGUAUAGGUAGUGGUCGAAACAAAGUUCCAAAGACUCGAGGGUAACGAACUUAAUCAUCAACUGUGUGCAAAUUAACUGGAAUUCGUAAGCGAUCAAUUCUGAGAGCCUUUUUAAGAGUAUAUUGACGUAUAUAAUUAUUAACUAAUUCAUACACGUAUCUUAUGAAGUAACGAAAAUUCGGAACGAUUACUCGGUAAAAGUGUGCAAUAAUAAGAAAAUAUGUCUUUCACGUUAAUACUAGGAAUAGAUGCAGAAAUUAUCUAGGAUGAAAAAGAUAUCGCAACUCUUUGUUGAUAGAAAUACUAAAAUUGUUGUUGUUUUAAAUAUCGUUGAAGCUUUCGAUCAACGAGCAUCACGUAACGCGAAUGCAGGAAAAUAAAAGCGCGAAAUUAUUUACAGAAGGUCCUCGUAUCUCAUAUUGCAUUUUCUGGUAUAAUUGUAUAACGAAGUCAAUUGAGAUAUACAUAUUUCUUAUAUGCAGUCGUCGUUGUGGCUCGAGGACAACUUCCAUUUCGAAUUACCAUGUUUUAAUUGAAGCACUUUGUUUUAAUGGAAUUCGUGUCCGCGCACAUUGGUCGUAACAUACGAAAAGCGUAUUUUAUAAUUUUGAACUUCUUACUAGAUUUUGCGAUUGUAACAUUCGAUAAGUAACGAUAUUGAAUUCAUUGUAAUUUACACGAAUAAGUAGAAUUUUCAAACUGUACUUCUUGCGAACCCAAUUAUAUGAUAAAACGUUCUGGUGAAUUGUAAAUAAAUCCUUUGAGCAGAGCCAACACAUUGAAACCAAUUGGAUAUUUAUGGAAGCCACCACUGCACGUUACCUCAUAAUAGAUAAACGAAAUUCAAAGGUAACGAACAUCGUUAGUUAGUAGUUAUUUAUCGAUACUUAACUAUUAACAUGAUAUUUGUACGUCGUAGAUACGCUAUAGUUAGGGAUAAUACGACAAUAAACAUGAAGACGAUGUAUAAUAAUUUAAUACUCAUAGUCGAAAUUGUCUGACUUCAAUACACACCAUAAUAUGUAUUAUAAGUACAUCAAUAAUUGUUACGCGAGGUGGUUGAAUCAUUUCAACAAUAUGUUCAUCUGAAAAUAAUUUGGAACGAAUUGUAUCAAGAAAUCAAAUCGUAAUUAAACUUCUCGUAUUUAAAAAGGCGGGUUUAGUAAACUCUAUUGUUCGACAAAUAAAUUAUUCAAUAAAAGAUAACAAUAACAACACUAUGUAUUGUAAAAUUUGCUUCGAAAUGCAAAAUAUUAUUUGGAACAAUCUCAUUAUAACAAUUUCAAUCUCUAAAUAUGAUAGUCACCGUUACCAAAAUAUCGGCCAUACCAUGUGCAAUAACUUAUCAACACAACAAGUGUUAGUUGCAGGCUUAAGCUACAAACACAACACGGCAAUCAUUGUUAUUUUCGAGCACACUGUUUUGCAGCAUUGCGGCAGUACGUGCACGCACAAGUAGAACUAACACGUUACAAAUGUCCAGAGAUUAGUUUAAAAGUUAGUAACGGCUUAUAAAUAUUAAUAACCGUGGCAGUGUAUCUCGAAGAACGUGCGAUUCGUAAUGCGAUAUUGUUGGGACAUGUGCGAUUUUUGGCACAUUGGUGAUGCUCGGACAGCUCGAUCGACACUAACUCAAUGCGAAACAUGAAGAAGGUGUUCAAAUAAUCGAAAUCGUUUUGAACUUUUGUAAAAAUAGAAAUCCCCACAGUAAUGGUCGUUGUGGCGCCCGAAAUUGUUAAAUUGUAGCUUAGUUUUAAGUUGUAGAGGUAACAUGAAGCGAAACUGCGGAUCUAAUAAUAAAACGCUCGAAAAUGGCGUUAUUAUUAUAUACAAAUGUAUCAUAUCUUUAUUACUUUAUUAACAUAUUGUCGUUACACGUAAGAAAUAAAUAUGGCAAUUCAAAAAAAGUAUUGUCAUCUUCAAAAUGCAAUAUAAUAUUUUUUUUUAA